AUGGCGCCCCCCUCGAUCCUCUCCCCCGAUGACAAGGCCAAAGUAAAAAAGGCCGUCCCCACCUCGAGCAGCUCAAACAAGAUCGUCACCGCCACCGUCGCUAGAGUUUAUCAUGCCAAACCCGGCGCUAAUUCCUGGUCGUACUCUGGAGUCGAAGGCGCGAUGGUGUUCUGCGCCGACAAGGCUAAAGGCGGUCUAUGGUUCCGACUAGUCGACCUCACUGCAAGCGUGAUCUGGGAACACGAACUCCCGAACGAGAUUGAGUACAACCAGGAAAAGGCAUUCUUCCAUACCUGGCAAGGCGAUGAUCAAUCAUUCGCAUUCGUAUUUCCCAGCGAGACUGAAGCCCACUCGUUCUACAAAAAGGUCGCCAACCGCUCCAAAUACGCUACCAAGAUCAAAGAGAAGAAGGAGCCUGCGGAGAAGAAGGAAAAGUCUACACCCACCAAGAAGAAGGGCGGUAAAGCCAAGAUCGACAAAUCCAUGAUCUCUGGUCCCUCUGUUGGGUCAUUCCGACACGUCGCCCAUAUGGGCUUCGACUCUGAAAAGGGUUUCUCUUCCUCUGGUGUCGAUCCCAGCUGGCAAAAGCUGCUCGAACAGUUGACGCAGAAAGGGUUCUCGGAGAAGGAUAUCCAGAAUAAUCAGCAGUUUAUCCAAGACUUUGUUGAGCAGCAGGGUGGUAUCGAAAAGGCGACGGCUCCAAAGAAACCACCCCCUCCCCCAGCCCCAACCUCUCGCCGAAAGCCCGCUCCUCCCCCACCCGCAUCCCGCGCCAACAGAACAAGCACAAUCACCUCGCCCUCUUCCCCCGCUCCAUCUUCUCCCAUACCCCCUGCUCCCCCAGCCCGAACAUCAGCCGCGCCCUCAGCGCCCCCUCCUCCGCCCCCGCCUCCUCCAGCACGAACAGCAGCGCCUCCUGCCCCUCCACCACCAGCGCCCCCAGCGCCCCCGGCAAGAAGCAACGUCCCUCCCCCACCACCCCUCCCUCCAACCCGCUCUUCCGCCCCCUCGGCCCCUCCCCCUCCUCCUCCCCCUCCCGCUCGCCCAUCAGCCCCUCCCACAUCCCCCCCCCCCCCCCCCGCCGGAGCCGGCGGCGGCCACUCGGCCCUCUUUGCGUCUAUCCAAGGUAAAGGCGUCGGCAAUCUUCGUAAAGUCGACCCCACUGAACAGAAGGUGUCGCCCCUGGCUGGAGGCAGUGUGGUGGCUGGUGCGGCUGGGGGAGCUGUGGUUGGUGCUGGGGCUGCGGCGGCUGUAGCGUCUACGCAGGAAGACAAUGGUGGUGAUCUGGCGUCGAGUCUAGCGGCGGCGUUGAGUAAACGAAAGGCUGAUAUCGGGUCGGACGAUGAAGAUGAAGAAAGCGACGACGAGUGGGACUAG